GUACAGGUUCCGCAGCUCCGACAAAGCGUCUUCGCAGUUCGCUCUUUUUCUACACAUGUAUAUAUAUAGGUUCAUCUGUUUGUCUGUCAUCAGAGAGUGCGAAAAUUGAAUCGAAAUGGAAAACGAAGUGCAGAUCACGGUGAAAUGGAGCGGCGAGGAGUAUCCCAUCACGGACAUCGGGGAAAACGACACAGUUCUCUCGCUGAAAGAGAAAAUUCACAAAAUGACCGGCGUCAGACCGGAGAGACAAAAACUCCUCAACCUCAAGUUUAGAGGUAAACCAGUUCAGGAAACCGAUGUCAUAAGCGAACUGGCAUUGAAGCCUGGAUUCAAACUGAUGAUGAUGGGCUCGCGAGAAGAGGAUAUCGCCGAAGUGAGCCAAGCACCAGAAAACAUGCCCGAUGUGAUAAAUGACUUGGAUAUCGAAGAAGAGGAGGUUGAGAUUGAAAAGGCUGAAAUCUACCUUGCUAAGAUUCAAAAAAGAAUCGAGACUUACAAAAUUCAAGAAUUAAACCCAUUGAGGGAGGGCAAGAAAUUGCUCGUUCUUGAUAUCGACUAUACUCUGUUCGAUCACAGAUCAGUGGCUGAGACUGGACUCCAACUGAUGAGACCAUACUUGCAUGAAUUCUUGACAAGCGCCUACAGGAAUUACGACAUUGUAAUUUGGUCUGCCACGAGCAUGAAGUGGAUCAACGAAAAGAUGAGACUCUUGGGAGUAUCAAAUCAUCCGGACUAUAAGAUUGCCUUUCAUUUAGACUCUCUAGCCAUGAUUUCAGUUCACACGCCAAAGUACGGUGUUGUAGAUGUGAAACCUCUGGGAAUCAUUUGGGGAAAAUACAAGCAAUUUUCUGCUAAGAAUACCAUUAUGUUUGAUGAUAUUAGAAGAAAUUUCAUCAUGAAUCCACAGUCAGGAUUACGUAUAAGAGCAUUCAGACAGGCUCAUCUAAAUAGAGAUAAGGACAGGGAAUUGCUCAAGCUGUCAAAGUAUCUGGAGGCAAUUGCUCCUCUAGAAGAUUUUCAGGUCUUAAAUCACAGGAAAUGGGAGGAAUAUCGGUCUAAGAAGAGUAAGAGCAGCAAACGAACUGAGACUGAUCAAGCUCGCUCUAAUCAUGCAUAAUUUUGCCAGUGAGAACAGUCAUUUAUGAAACUAAUGUUAUACUUUAACUUUAACUACUAGUGAUAAAUUAAAGUGAAUCAAUGUGUAAUGACAAUUACUUCUCUAGACGACUUAAUUUACUACGAGAUAAAAUUUCUACAUUUUAAACUAUAAAAAAUGAAGAUGCAUGUGAUUAUAUUUUGAAAAAGGCAAAUAUUUUUUCACCUCUUCUCUGCAGUAAAAUUUGGGAUUCUUGGAUUUGCUGCUUGUGUCUGGCUUAUAUAGUCAAACAUAUACAUAUACGUUCAAAAGUCAUUUCAGUGAAAAUAUUUUAUUAAAAUUAUUAUAUUUUUGUAAUAGAAAAAUUUAUUUUUUCUCUUUUUAUGUGUUAUUAAUUGCAAAUUAUUAGAUAUACUAGUUCAAUGUCGAAAUUACACUUCAAAUGGCAUAUUGAUACUAUUUCAUUACAUUAAAAGAAACAAAAUAAGAUCAGCGUUGCUGAACUUUCUGUAAAUAUCUAUACUGAUGAAAUGUACCUACAAUUUUUUGAAUAUGUAUAAAAAAUAAAAUAUGUUUAAUAUA